AUGGUACUAGGCGUUGCCUCUCAAAUGAUGUUUCUCGCCGGGUUCCACAAAAUAUCCACCACCUUGGCCGAAAGAGCAAUCCACAAUCAUCGUCUGCUCUCGCAUGCUUAUAUACUUGAUCAGAACCUCUCCUUAUGGCUCGGGAAGCCACCGCUGUUAUCUUCAGACAUCGUGCGAGAUGUUCCAAAGCAAGAACAAUAUGAUGGCUAUGGAAGUAUUUAUCUCCAAGACGGCACAUCGUUUAAUUGCCUCAAAGAACAGCUUCUUUUGGCUAAGAUUCAAAGUAAAGCAUACGAGAAGUUGCGCUCACCUGCCUCCUCGUCAAUGUCACAAGAGUUACAUGCUGAAAUCAGCCAUCAGCUUCUAAAUGAGUUGAAUUUGUGGAGACAUAAUCUGCCGGCACUCACCAGGCCACUUUUGAUACCGAAAGACCUCGACAAGAAGCAUGUGCCAUGGCUGUCUACCAUCUUCUGCACUUUUCACCAGGUUGAAAAUUGCAUUCGCUCAUCAAUCUUCUCACAUGUUUCGUUCUCUGACAACGUAGCCUUCCGUAAUCAGACACCGCUCGUUGUCUCAAGUUGCGCUUCCGCGACUAGAAAGUUGGUAGCAGUCUUGAAUGCUCUUGACAGGAGUGAUCUACAGAGAUCUAAAUGGUAUUUUGACUGUCUGCUCAGGCACUUGCUACCUUUGGUCGCAUGGAACCUAGAUUCCCUGUUUCUCCAUGUCGCUUACAACAGGCAUACAUCAGCAGCUCAACAUGACAGUCAGUCAAUCAGGGCUGUGAUGAACUCAUUUGAGGGAAGCUUUCCAGGAUACCGCCACCACAAGGCUUAUGUCACAACCAAGCUUCUAUGCGACGUAGCUUCACGAGCAAGUACAUAG